GGGCAGCGGCCGUAACGCACAAGCGCUCCCCGAAAAGCCUUCUGCGCUUGCUGGACUCACUACUGACUUUUUGUUGUUGCAUCGUCUUUUGAAAAACGUGGUCGCUUUAUUUUCCUCGAUUGUAACGGAAUAUGGCAGCACCGCAGCCAUUUCUCAGAGAGCUGCUAGCCCUGAAGAAGCAAGAGGCGACGUCGCUGUUUGGUCCGUGGGACGUGGAGGACGAGGGCCGCAUCGCUGUCAAGCAGGUCCGACCACUUCUGCUGAGCGUUUUCCCCGAGGCGGCCAACACGGCGCCGUACCUCACGUUGGGGCGUGUGAGAGCGGCCUACGAAGGCGUCACGCACCGCCCAUGGCACGCAUCAACCGGCGUUGUGACGGCGUCUGCAUCGUCGUACCAUGCGCAUCGUCUAGGCGGUCCGAUGUACGCCGGCCCCACGCUGGAGGAGGUGCUGCGCAUGAUCGACUCCUUAGCGGCGUCUCCCGAGGAGAGGCUCUCCACCGUCCCCUCGCCCGUCCAGGAAAGCGCGAGGCCAUCGACACCACCGCUGCCGACGCACCGUCGUCCUUUACCUUUCAGUGCGCCGUUUACACAAGUCCACCCAGCUGAUCAAGAGGUCGUUGAUGCGGGUCGCAAAGCGGGGAGUGCUGCUGCCGAAGCGACAUCUACCGAGUCAUAUCUUCGACUUCUGCGCGGGUCCAUCGAGCACAUCUACCACGCAUUCUGCGCCGCCUGCAAGCAGGCCGGGGAGCCGGCGCCUACUGCGUUGCCGACGGAUGCCGCGCAUCUGCAGCGGCUUGCGUGGAACAUCCAAGCGCGGCCACUGCAGUUGGGGGAGAACCGCGCGUUGCACCGAUUGCUUGCCGCUGCAACAAACUCUGGCGACGACAAGCAGCAGGGAAGUGGGGGCGUUAGGGCGAGCAGGAUUUCUCCAGACGAUUUUGUAUUGUUGCUCUGUGCGCUAUAG